UCUCUGAGAUGGAUGUACUAUACGGUUUGUUUGUUUUCUGGGUUCGCUCUGAGAUGGAUGUAGGCUACUGUACUGUGGCAGAGUCAGAGAUGGAAUGUUCCAGAGAGCUGGAGAAUGAAGCCAAACCAGUGUGUGGUGCGGGAAUGACAGGAAUGAGAGAUCUUACUCAGUAGCGUUAUAUCUCCACCGCAAAUCGAUUCUAUAACAGCCGCAAAUUCCCUGACUACAGACACAGAGCAAUGGGGACGCAAUGCACAUUGCUGAAAUUCUGAACAAGGGACUCUCAAACAUUAAGUUUUUUCAUAAUGAUAGUUCAGGAACACAGGACCGGAGCAGAAGGAGAUUUUACGAGAGUUUUGUGGGGAAGGGCAGGAUGAGGCUCUGCAGGAGAGAGCUCCAGGAUGCAGGGAGCUGAACUUAGCAACGGCGGCUCUGUCCAUCAAACUCAGACUCAUAAUAUGGCCACUUUGACAGGAGUAUGGGUCUGACUGGAGCCCGGUUCUGACUGUCAGCGAUGGCCGGGGUGAUCCCGCCCAGAUGGACCGGGCCGGCCCGAACCGCUCUCCCGGGCAGAAGCAACAGGGGGCUGGACUCAGAGGAAGUGGAGCACUUCCGGAGGAAACUCAAGUACUUCUUCAUGAACCCCUGUGACAAGUUCCGGGCGCGAGGGCGGAAACCAUGGAAACUGUGCCUGCAGAUCCUGAAGAUCUGCCUCAUCACCGCACAGCUGGUGUCUUUUGGGCUCAGUAAUCAGAUGAUGGUGACUUUUAAAGAGGAGAACCUGAUGGCUUUCAGACACCUCUUUCUGAAAGGAUACGCUGAUCGCAGGAUGGACACAUAUGCUGUCUAUAGCAGGAGUGAGGUGUACGACCACAUUGACUACAUCAUCCGGCAGUACAUGAACCUGGGGAAUCUCACGGCUGGUAACCAUGCCUAUGAGAAGAGUGGGGGUGUGGCUACACCCCUGUCGCUAUGCCAACAACACUACCGCAACAGCACUAUCUCCCCUGCCAGUGAGUCCUUCCACAUCGACCCCCACGUCGAAACAGAGUGCACGGAUAUUUACCCAGUCCAGCCUCUGACAAACACUCUGAAGGCAAGACAGCAGCUCAACUUCACUCUGGAUUUUAAGAGGCUGGUCUGUGUGAAUGUUUACAUCAAGCUGAAGGCCAUAAACCUGCAGACAGUGAGACACCAGGAGCUGCCCGACUGCUACGUGUUCUCUAUCACUAUCAGCUUCGGUAACAAAGCCCACAGUGGUCAGCUGAGCGUCACAUUGGCUAACGACGUGGGAAUUAACGAGUGCUCGGACUGGAGCGUGUCUGGAGGGCCGGGUAAGAACAUCCAUGAGCUGCUGCUGUUGGACGGGCUCGUCAUCCUGGCGUGUGUGGCCUCGCUGGCGCUGUGCGCCAGGUCCGUCAGCAGCGGGAUUAAGCUGCAGUCUGAAUAUGCUGUGUUUUUCCAAACUCUGCAUGGCAAAAAGGUGUCCUGGUCAGACAGGAUGGAGUUUGUGAAUGGCUGGUACAUCCUCAUCAUCCUCAGCGACUCCUUAACCAUCGCUGGCUCUAUUCUCAAAAUGGAGAUCCAGACCAAGAAUCUGACUAAUUACGACAUCUGCAGCCUCUUCCUGGGAACGGCGACAAUGCUGGUGUGGGUCGGCCUUCUCCGCUAUCUGGGGUUUUUCCAGAAAUACAAUAUUCUCAUCCUCACCAUGAGGGCGGCCUUCCCUCACGUGGUCCAGUUCUGCUGCUGUGCUACCAUCAUCUACCUGGGCUACUGUUUCUGCGGGUGGAUUGUUCUGGGACCUCACCACAAGAAAUUCCAGACGCUGAACACGGUGUCGGAGUGCCUGUUCUCCCUCAUUAACGGGGACGACAUUUUCCACACCUUCAGGCAGCUGCGGCAGAAGGGCUGGCUGGUGUGGCUCUUCAGCAGGGUGUACCUGUACUCCUUCACCUCACUCUUCAUCUACAUGGUCAUCAGCCUCUUCAUCGCCCUUUUCACAGACACAUACGAGACCAUUAAGCAGCAGCAGCAGGCUGGAGUUCAGCAGUCAGAACUGCAGGCCUUUAUAGCAGAAUGCAAAGACCCGCCCAGCUCCAGCAGGUACAAGGCCACGCCCGACCCAGACAGGUACAAGGCCACGCCCGACCCAGACAGGUACAAGGCCACGCCCGACCCAGAGAGGUACAAGGCCACGUCCAGUCUCUGGUUUCUCUGCUGUUGGCUCUGCGCUGAUGAAAAAGGUGUGGGGUGCUAGAAGAGGAUUGAAAGAAGCCCCACUGCCUGUGACAGAGCAGGGCUAUGACACAUUCGCACAAGCGACACACUCACAUGUCUAGCUCCAUCCAGCUCCGUCCAGCUCCAUCCAGCUCCAUCCAGCUCCGUCCAGCUCCAUCCAGCAAAUUCAGAAGCUCUUUAAAAAAGGAAAAAAAAAAAAAACUUACAUAUUACAUAUAAAGAUGCAUAAUGUAUUUAAUAAAAUAUGGAAAAACUUAAGACUUUGUGGAUGUCAAAAUUAAGAAUAAAUCUUUAAUUAAUCGUGUCGCAUAGGAUAAAUGCAUCUGGUAAAUAAAAUGUAAUGAAAUGUAACCUUUAGUUUGGUGCUUGGAACCAGUCCUGUUGUCCUUCCAUAUACUUUUAUAAAUAAUGUAUAUUAUUAUUAUUAUUAUUAUUAUUAUUAUAAUAUCAGAAACGGCUAUUUGUUUUACUAUUGUGGCCUAUACCCUAACUGUACAGUGUUUUGGGUAUUGGAACAGGAAGGAAAGAAGGACUAUCGCGUGUUUCAGACCUCUGUUAUGUAGACAACAGCAGAUUAGAAACUGAAUGUUCAUCCUACUGUCACAGCACCACCAAGUGUCUGAUCUGCGGCGCGUGGGUGGGCUCGGGCUCUUCCCAACAUCUUGGCGCUUCACAACACAAUCUUGAGCUGUAUACGUGCUGUGAUUGGUCGGAGUAACGUGAGCGUUUGCGAAAAGAUGUCUUAAAAUAUGAUUGGCUGGACUAGACUCAGUGAAAAAAAAACCUAUCUGUGGAUUUAUUUGCAAAUCGUGCGGCGAGGAUUGUCUGAAAAAUCCGCAAAUAAAUGAAAGCGUCUGGCGACGCACAAAUAUGAA